AUUUGACGUCAUCUCAGGUGACAUAAUUAAAAAUAAUGAAAUAGGUGAUUAGUGUAUUGUUGAUUAUUGCCGUCGCUCAUGCGAGAUCAUAUACAUUAUACAAACAGUGUGAUGCAACUUGGGGCAAGGAUUAAUUAGGCACAAGCUCAAAUACCAUUUGUUCAGCUGGUUGUUUAAUUUCAUCAGUUGCUAUGAUGUUACAUACUUAUGGUGUGACAACUGAUGGAACAACAACUCCAAGAACAAUGAAUACUUGGUUGAAGAAGAAUGGCGGAUAUGCUUCUGGGGACUUAUUUGUUUGGGGUUCAAUUGACAAACUUGGAUUCCAUUAUCAAGGAAAAUUCACAGCUGCAUAAGCUAAAAGUAUUUAAUAAUAUAAUAAAAAGGCAAAUUUGAUGCUGGAUAACACGUUAUCUUGUGUGUCAACAGUGGUGGACAUUAUGUUUUGAUGACAUCAUAUUCCGGUGACACCUUCAACGUUAAUGAUCCAGGAUAUUCCAAGACUAGCUAUCCAGCAAGCGGUGUUACAAAUGCAGCUACCUAUACUCAUAGCAAAAUCACCUAUUUCAAGAAUCAUGUUUUAAAUUUGGAAUGAUUCUAUUAAAAUAAAAGUGAUAAAGAUAUAAAUAUUUUGAUAUUAUGU